AUGGAAGGGUAUUUAAAUAAAUGGAUCAAUAUCUUCCAAUAAUGGAAAGAACGUUAUUUUAUAUUACAUGAAGACUGUCUCCAUUACUGCGAUGUUCAAGGCGGUUAAAUAAAAGGUACAAUCCACUUAAAAAUAGCCAAUAUAGCUUAAGUAAACGAUGAUCCAUUACGCAUAAUAAUAAAUUCUGGAACAAGUUAAAUCGAAGUAAAGGCUCAUACAGUAUCAUCAAAGUUAGAUUGGUUAAAAAAGCUUAAAGAAGCUCAAGAAUAUGCUCGAAGUCAAUUCGAUUCUUUAACAAAAAGUCUACAAGAAUGCAUAUUGAAUAUAGAAAAUGAACGUAAACGUAUUUAUAGAAGUGCUUAAUUAAUAUCUAAUAAAAUAGAUAAUAAUAUUAAUAUGAAUUCUGAUAAUAAUUAAUAAUUAUUAUAUAUAAACUCUAAUUCUAAAAAUGACCAAAUUAACGAAUAAUAUUAUACUGAAAACGGUGACGAAGUGAAUAUAACUUAAUUCGAAAGCUUUAUAGGAGAUGAUUUAUAUUAUUAAAAAAACUUGAAUUCUCAAUAAUAACUAAAUAUACUAGAAAAAAAUGAAAAAAUAAUCUAAAUUCCAGAUUAAUAAUAAUAAAAUUUUAACAUGCCAAUUUCAUAGAAUGCUUUAGUUUCUUUUUUUUAGGAAAAAUGCUAAAUUAGGUAUCGUUUAUUAUCCAGUAACCCGUCUUAUUUGGCAACUCAAAUUUCAAAUGAGCCUAUAAGAAUGAAACUUCCAAAAGUAAAAGACCCAAACGAAAAAAUUAACAUAUGGUCAAUUUUAAAAGACUCUAUAGGAAAAGAUUUAUCAAAAUUUGCUGUUCCAGUUUAUUUAAAUGAACCAAUCUCUAUGUUAUAACGUCUAGCCGAAUAAAUGGAAUAUUCCUAAACUUUAGAUAAUGCAAAUGCUACUGAUGAUACUUGCCUAGCUUUAUGUUAUGCCAUGGGUUUCGCUGCUAGUGUAUAUGCUGCAACUAUUAACCGUACAAAAAAGCCUUUUAACCCUUUAUUAGGCGAGACCUUCGAAUUUAUAGACUCCAAAAACGGUUUUCGUUUCAUAAGUGAAUAAGUAUCUCAUCAUCCUCCAAUAUCAGCUGGUAUAGGUGAAUCAAAUAACUAUAUUUUCUAAGGAGACUCUAAUAUAACAUCAUAGUUUUGGGGAAAAUCAUUUGAAGUGAAACCUUUAGGUCAUUUCCAUAUAAAACUAAAGAGACUAAACCAUGAUAUAACAUUCAAAAAAUGCACCACUGCCGUAAAAAAUAUAUUCAUUGGAUAAAUGUAUUUAGAUCACUAUGGAGUAAUGGAAUUUAAAAAUCACAGUACUGGUGAUUUCGGUGAGCUUAAUUUUCGGGAAAAAAGUGCCUGGAGUGAUAAAGGAUAAUAUGAAAUAGAAGGCUUUGUAAGUAAUAAAUAAGGCUAAGAAAUAUAUAAAUUAAAAGGCAAAUGGAACAGUAAUUUAACUUCUACGAAUAUAACUACUGGAUAAACUAUAGAAGUAUGGAAAAGAUACCCUUUACCUUAAAAUUCGGAAUGGAAUUAUCAUUAUACGUAGUUCGCAUUAUAAUUAAAUCAUUUAAAUUAAGAUAAUAUAAAGUGGAUAUGUCCUACUGAUAGUAGAUUAAGACCAGAUUAAAGGGCUUUGGAAUAUGGGCUAUUAGAUGUAGCGGCAGAUGAAAAAUUUAGGUUGGAAUAAAAAUAAAGGGCUAGAAGAAAAGAAAAUGAAGCUUCAGGAAAAAAACAUGAAAUUUGCUUCUUUGAAUAAAGAGUAGAUCAGCUUACUGGAGAAUUGGAAUAUAAGUAUAAAGGAGGAUAUUGGGAAACUAGGGAAAAGUAAGAUUGGAAUAACUCAGAAGAAUGUUUAAAACAUAGAUCAUAAGAAAAUCCUUAAAAAAGGUAAAUAAGAAGCGAUUCUCCUUCAAGACUAAGAAAAAUCCCUAAAACACCUUGGAAAAUAUUAUUUUUGAGUUAUGAUUGGAUCUUAAGAUUAUUCGUAUGA